UGCAAGGAGGAAUUCUAGACAGAGGUGACCUUUAUUGAGCUGAUCCUGAUCCUGAGUAGAGCGACUCUGGGGACCUGACGCGUUUCCCAUCGGGGCGCCCACUACCGCGUCCCCCACCAUACACAGGGAGCAGUGCGGAGGCCUGGCCCGGUGGGUGGGGCCCGAGCAGCCAUUGGCGGCUUCGAAAGCGCCGCGGCGGGAAGGGCUGCAGACGCGGCGGACGAUGUGGACAGGCCAGGAAUGACAUUCUGCAAGCCACUCAGAAUUAAGAAUCUUCAGAAGUGCUAAGGAAUGUUAUAUCUCAUCUUUUGGGCACCCCACCCUGAAUGCCCUGACCUCACCUGAUUUAGCAGGGUCAAGCCUGGGCCAGAAAGAUGGAUGAGAAUGUUGCCGAGUUUCUCCGGAGGAGCAUCUUGAAAAUCCCCUUGCACGUGAUAAAGACCGUCCUAAAAACCUGGGACUUUCUGUCCGAAAACCAGCUGGAGACCAUAAACUUGAGGCAGAGGAAGGAAUCUCUGGCCCAAGAAAUAAUUCUGCUGUGUGAGGGGAAGAAUGCAACUCUUGAUGACAUGGCCCUCUUAGACAUCGUGUAUACUCAAGUUCAUCGGCACAAGAAGCUCUGGGAUGUCUUUGAGAUGAGUAAAGAACCAGGUGAAGAUGUCGACCUUUUUGACAUGAAACAGUUCCAAGGUUCCUUUAAGAAAAUUCUUCAGAGAGCAUUAAAAAAUGUUUCAGUCAACUUCAGAGUCGACCAGAAGAAUGCUGUGUGGAUUCGGGUUGCCUGGGGAACACAACAUUCACAACCAAACCAGUACAAACCCACUUUUGUGGUGUACUAUCCCCAGACUCCAUAUGUCUUCAUUUCUACCUGCCCUCUGAAGAGCACUGUACCCCUUCUCCAUCAGGCCAUGAAGGUUGCGAGCAAACACCAUCAGAUGGUGCACCUGAAUCUGAAAAGCCGGCACCUGGACUCGCUCAAGGCUAUCGUUUUUAGAGAGUAUAACCAGAACUUUGACAGCCACAACACCACAGUGCCUCUGCAGAAAGAAAGCUUUGGACUAGACAUGAAUUUGGAUUCAAACAUCAUUCUUGAAAACAUAGAAGAAAAAGAAAGAAUCAAAAGAGUCACUCAGGAGACGUUUGGAACCUAUUCCCAGCCACAGCUGGAAUUUGCACAGUAUAAGCUGGAGACCAGAUUCAAGAGUGACAUAAGUGGCGGCAUCUUGGCUGACAGGAAAGAACCCCUCCGGUGCCUUAUAAAGUUCUCAAGCCCACACCUUUUGGAAGCAUUGAAAUCCUUAGCACCUGCCGGUAUAGCAGAUGCACCGCUUUCUCCACUGCUCACCUGUAUACCAAGCAAGAAAAUGAAUUAUUUUAAAAUUAGAGAUAAAUGAGAUAUAUGUGGCUUUGCUCGUAUUGCACAUGGAAUCCCAGUUGUAGCCGGCUGGCUUCUGUAUAGACUCUUGUGUUUUAGAAAUCAAUCCUUGGCAUUGGAAAGUCCGUGCUUUUAAUGUAACUGUUGGGACUCUAUAUGUCCUCCCUAUGUGCUCUUGUACCCUUGCUGCUAUGGCCUGCUAAUUAAAUUACAGCAGCAGUGAUACCUCUGGCUGCUCAGCAGGUCUUGGGCCAGCUGCAUAAAGGUAUAAAAGGCUUUAGCUCAGGGCAAAAUAAAGGUUGCUGUAC